GCUCAUUGAUGUUUCGAGAAGUGUUAACAAUAAAUGGAUACUGUUGUCAAUUCGACAUCACUUAUUUUAGUCAAUUCGUUUCAAAUACUACUUACUUGAGAGCUGGCACAGAAGUAUCGGAUGCGCUUGAAAUCAAAGUAAAAACACAAAAAAUAGAGAGCAAUGGGACUUCAACAGAUAGUUAUCUUCUGAUGUACAUUUUCGACCAAUUCAGUAACCUGACACUUCUUGAGAAUUCUAUAGCACUAAGCCCAGAUAUGUUCUUCGAUGUUAGUGUCGACGUAUCCAUGAUAGACUCAUCCUCUGAUGUCACAUCACUAUCAGUGAAGAGCAGAAACUGCUUCGUAGAGUCGGAUGGUUUUAACACGAAUUCGUACCAAAGUUGCGUUACAAUGUUGUUAUUGAAGAUAGCAGCUGAUUACUGCCAAUGUUUACCAUUCUAUUAUACAUCACAAAAUUUGAACCUAGUCAACGAGUAUCUGCCAUGCAAUUGGGCGGGACAUGUGUGUAUAUAUCAGAUGUUAGGCCAGGUUCAAGAAGAUUUACGCAAGAUAUUGUCAAACAACGAUUGUUACCAGAAGUGCGAUUUCGUACAGUAUGAAACUGAAGCAGACUUUAUAAAAGAAGAUAGAAAUGCGAGGGAGGACGGUAUGACUCGGGUGGCAGUACAUUACGCUAAUAACAUGUGCAUUAAAUACAGAAGAGAAGUACUUUAUACUUGGGAUCAGAUGCUCGCAAAUCUCGGUGGAAUCUUUGGUCUAUGUUUGGGAGGAUCCAUCAUCAGCAUUAUAGAGAUCAUUUGGUUUAUACUGGAGAUCAUUGGUUUUAUGCCCAGAUCACUUCCUUCAAAAGUUAGAGCUUAG